AUGGCACCGCCAAAAUCAACAACAAGGGUAUCUGCCCAUCGUAUAGGUUCAUUACUGUUUUGUCCUGCGUGCGGUACAUUAUUGGAUUUACCUAGAGAUGAUCAGGAUGAGAUUGCAUGUCAUCAAUGUGGAAGGAAAGAGCCUGCUUCUUCGUACGAGAAUCUACCCACUAAGACAUACUCCUCACCCAACGCUUUUCCAAGUGAACUACGAUCGAAGCGAGCUUUGGUGCAGAAUAAAGUGAAUGACGGAGAGGCCGCGAAGGAUAGGGAUCCAGUGGCCCAAGAGAAAUGUCAGAAAUGUGGUCAUAUAGGAUUAUCAUACAAGGAGAUGCAACUUCGAUCAGCGGACGAAGGUUCGACGAUUUUCUACAAGUGUUUGAACUGUGGUGAUCAAACGUCCACGAAUAACUAG